AUGCAGGCAAUCAAAUGUGUGGUUGUUGGAGAUGGAAACGUUGGAAAGACAUGCAUGCUCAUUAGCUACACAACCAAUGCCUUUCCUGGCGAAUACGUCCCCACAGUAUUCGACAAUUAUUCUGCGAACGUCACCAUAUCCAACAAUAACGAGCAACAUCAGAUAAACCUUGGGCUGUGGGAUACCGCUGGUCAGGAGGAUUACGACAGAUUGAGGCCCUUAUCAUAUCCCGGAACCAACAUAUUUCUUCUUUGCUUUUCCGUUGACAACGUCCAUAGCUAUGAAAAUGUCACAACAAAGUGGCUUCCUGAACUUAUCCACUAUGCACCAAAAGUACCGAUUGUAUUGGUAGGCACUAAAACUGAUUUGAGGAAAGAAAAGGGCGAAGCUGGGAAUUUUAUCACCCAAGAGCAGGGAGAAAAGCUGAGAAAAGAAAUUCAUGCCGACAAUUACUUGGAAUGCUCUGCUCUUACCCAAGAUGGACUUAAAGAAGUUUUUGACUAUGCCAUAAAAGCAACCUUAUUUCCGACCGGAAAAAAAAAGAAAGGAAAAAAGUGCACCAUAGUUUGA